AAACUGCGUACAGAGUCUCCUCUAGCAAGGAAAGAAGCGCUUACGGGAAUUAAGGAAUGUCGUAUAUCAUGCCCGACGUGGGAUGAAAGUAAUCACUUGUGAAAUUGCAUGGCACAAUAAAGAGCCAGUGUACAGCUUGGACUUCCAGCAUGGUACUGAUGGGAAGAUCAAUAGACUGGCUUCUGCUGGAGUGGACACUACUGUUCGUAUAUGGAAAGUAGAAAAAGGACCAGAUGGGAAGGCAAUUGUGGAAUUCUUGUCCAAUCUAGCUCGCCAUACCAAAGCUGUGAAUGUUGUACGUUUCGCUCCCAAUGGUGAGAUUCUGGCUUCUGGUGGAGAUGAUGCUGUAAUAUUGUUGUGGAAGUUGAAUGAUAAAGAGCUUGAGCCAAUUGUAUUUCAAGAUGAUGACGAUAACCAGCUGAACAAAGAGAACUGGACAGUAAUUAAAACUUUACGAGGUCACUUAGAGGAUGUAUAUGACAUUUGCUGGACCCCUGAUGGAAAUUAUAUGGCAUCUGCAUCAGUUGACAACACAGCUAUAAUGUGGGAUGUCAGUAAAGGGCAAAAAGUUUCAAUUUUUAAUGAACACAAAAGUUACGUUCAAGGAGUAACAUGGGAUCCUGUAGGACAGUACAUUGCAACUCUUAGUUGUGAUAGGGUGUUGAGAGUAUACAAUACACAGACCAAGCGCGUGGCAUUUAAUGUUACCAAAAUGCCGUCUGGAGGAGGAGCUGAAGGAGAAGUGAAAAGCUAUCGAAUAUUUCAUGAUGACAGCAUGAAGUCGUUCUUUCGGAGACUUACUUUUACUCCUGAUGGCUCUCUGCUUCUUGCUCCUGCUGGCUGUGUGGAAUCAGGAGAAAAUGUAACAAACACCACUUACAUAUUUUCUAGAAAAAAUUUAAAAAGGCCUGUUGCACAUUUGCCUUGUCCUGGGAAGGCAACGCUAGCAGUUCGUUGUUGUCCAGUCUACUUUGAACUAAGAUCUACACUUAGCAAAGAGGAUACCUCUCAGAGAACUGGGCUAAUAAAUCUGUCCUAUCGGUUAGUUUUUGCUGUUGCUUCAGAAGACUCUGUACUUUUCUAUGACACGCAGCAGUCCUUUCCUUUUGGUUACGUAUCCAAUAUACAUUACCAUACUCUGAGCGACAUUUCUUGGUCUAGUGAUGGAUCGUUUCUUGCUAUUUCUUCUACGGAUGGAUAUUGUUCUUUUGUGACUUUUGAAGAAAAUGAACUUGGAAUACCGCUGAAAGAGAAACCAGUUUUAAUCACAAGGACUCCCAACACAGCAGAGAAGAAAAUAAAAAAGGGUCACUCGCCCAGUGUUAUUUCCCCAGUUCCUAAACCGGUAGAUGGCACUCCUCCUAAUAGAACUGUGGAUCCAAGCAGCCCUCCUGUGCAACCCAAGACUCCAGUCAAUAUUAAAGACUUGCCUUCAACCCCUGUUAGUGUUAGAAAUAUUCCAGUAUCUUUUUCAGAAGAGAAGAAACCUAUGCAGCCUUCUGGCCACAGCUCUAAAGUAAACCAACCCAGGAGGAUUACACUAAAUACUCUUCAAGCGUGGAGUAGGGCACCAAGGAGGGUUGCUUUGAUUCCUCUAAAGACAGAUACUCCACACUCAGUAAAUACAGUCUCCGCACCUUCUUCCUCAGAAACUGUUCAACAUGAGAGACCAUCACCACCUGAGGACCCUCUGCAAAAUCCCCCAGCAUCUAAGCGUCUUAAAACAGAUGAAACUGCCAGUUCUGGAUUACUUGAAGAUAAAAAGUAGUUUAAAACCACCACCUUAGCAUACUAUAUGGAUGGCUUAUGCUUUACAAGUCAUAGUUGUCUAAGUAAUAGACUUGGCAACAACAAAGUCAUGUGAGAAAUGAGUCACUGCAAAGAAUCAAACUUGCAACAAUGCUGUCCAAGCAUUCUAAGCAAACUGUUGGGUUUGACAGGCCAUUGAGAGUUGGGGGGGGGGGGGUGUCUAGGGAAUGCAAAUAACACGUGAUUUCAAAUGUCUGAUUUCAUUAACUUUAAGUAAUAAUUUUUUUAUGAAAAUUUGUAUAUCUAGUAAAGAAAAAGUUGCUGUUCAAAGGAUAGCUUGUAUUUUCUUCAUAAUUUAGCUUCACAAGGAAACUUGCACAAUGAAACUGUUUUGCUAAACUUCCAAUGCAAUCAGAAGCAGAGUUAUGUCCUAAGUUCAUUGACUUCAAAGGAUUUUGAAGGAUGUAAUGGUGCUUAGGCUCAAACUUUAAGUCAUUCCAUCGGCUUUCCAAGUCACUUAUAUGGGAAGUGCCUAUCUAGUCAGCAUGUCUCAGUUAUGUGCAAAUCUCAAACCAUCAAAGGCAUUAAUCUGCUAGCAAGUGAAAAAAUGCCAGUGUUGAAGAAUUUUUUUAUGAGUUAGAGAAGGUAGAUUGGAAAGAAAAAAAUAUAGUUUAAUAUCUUUAUAUUAAAUGUAGCCAAAGUACAAAACAGUCCGUCAUAAGAUUUCUGUGUGAUGCAAACAUGAAAAAUUGUUGCAUAAUGUCACUAUAUGUUUCUGGUUUUUUAAAGAACAAUUGCAAUAAUAUUAAAUAAGUGCAAGGUCUUCAUUUGUGAGGGUUUUUUUAACUUAUUACAAUAUAUGAUUACUAUAGAUGUAGUACAUAGAAUAAAAGAUAACUUCAUAUUCAGAUUUCUGUCCAUUCUUUAAUUUCACUAACUCAUUUUGAACACAGUGCUAGGUUUUUGCAGUAUUAAGUAGUCUUAAUUCAAAAUGAAACAAGUUCAGAUGAAAGAAAAAGAAAUGGAAACGGAUCACAAAUUGCUGUAUUUUUUAUCUUACUUUGCGUGAUUGUUCGAGUGGCUUUGGUAGAAUCUGUGGAUUCAACUGAACAAGCCCAGAAAUUGGUGUGUUGACUGGGAUAUUAACUUUGCCAGCUGAGCUAAAAUAAGCAGCUGCUGAGAUGCCGUGAGAACCAGAUUGUACAAGACUCGGUUCCACACAUAUUGGAGACGCCCUCAUCCCAACUGCACACACAAAUCAUGCUGUACAGGAGUGCUCUUCCUUGAACCCUAGUCUGAAACCUCUCAUUGGAAAUCUCUAGAAUGCAUUGCUGGUUACUGACCAAGCAUGAAAAAUUACCUGCAACUCUGACAAACAAGAAGACCAGUCUCAUGACUGAUAAGAGCUCUGACUGGUAUAUUGUUUUGGGAUAAUGGAAGAUGUUAUGUGUAUGGGGUUUUCUGGUCCCCUAGAUGCCAAAGUAAACAAUGAAUGAGGGGGAAAUUAAGCCACACCUAUGUCUCCACCUCUGAGGAGUGGGGUGCCACCGCAGCACCACCUCUGCUCAAGGAAAACAGUAUAAAAGUCCAGAAGGAGGGUGGGUUUGGUAGCAGCUUUUCUUUUUAGGCCAGAAGCAGCCUUUUCUGUUUUCUGCCAGCCUGCGUUAAGGAUGUCUUGAGGUCUCCAAACGCCCUAUCCUUACCUCCUCGUAAGUUUCAGGAGUUCCGAGGGUUGAGAGGCCCACAAGCCUGUGAGAGUCCUGUCUCUUCAAUCUUCCUUGGAUAGACAACUAUGAAACUGCAUCAGCUUGCUUGCUAGGAAACUGAAGGGCAGUAGGGUAACAAUUAAAGGUUUAUCAUUUAGAUUUAGAUCUGCUAAAACAUGCCUUAAGCUUACUUUCAUGUUUGCAACUUUUUGUUUCAAGUGUAUUUCCAAUGCCUUGUGGUUUAUGGUUCAUUACUGCCUAGUGUGUUCUGUACUGGAAACUGGUUUAUUUGCUAAUACUUAUGCGCUGCCUGUUCAUAUGUUUAUAUGUCCCAUAUUUUCUGUAGCCACAUGCAUCUUUCUGAUAGUUUUGUAUCCAUGUUUUUACAUAUGUAUUCAUGUAUCUGAUUCAGUUUGCAUUAUGCUUUUGUAGUGUACUAUGAAGUAGCGUCU